AUGGCACAUGUGCGCUCUACUUAAAGGCAGUGCACAGUCAUACUUUACCACAAAUGAAGCAAGAUACAGACGUGAGCACAUCUUCUGUCAGAUACAUGAAGAAAAGAUUUCUCUGCCUCUUCACAAUGGGGAAGAACAGAAACAGCAACAACUCUGGCUCUCAGCUAAAAGAGCCUCACACGUGUGGCCUGUCCUGCCUGGGUCCUCUCACCUUUGACACUCAUGUUGGCAGUGAAGUCCACCUGAGCCAGGGAGGUCACUGCGCAGAAAGGAGAAAGGAUACGUUCAAGAAUGGCGUGGUGUUCAGCAGCCGCCCAGUGAAGGUUCAGGAGAGGAUCCGCCUGCAGGUGGGGAAAGUUGUUGGUGGGUGGCACGGAGCUCUUCGUGUGGGCUUCACCACCGUCCCACCUACAGGCAGGUCUCUCCCCCUGCCCUGCAUGGCCAUCCCCAACCUCACUGACACACCUGGCCACUGGGCUGCUCCUGUGGAUGAAUCCCUCUGCCAACAAGGCUCAGAGCUGCAAUUCUGGGUUUCCUAUGGUGGCUCCAUUUAUGUGUCAGUGAAUGGCACUAAACGCCAGUUACUGACAGGAGUAGACCUCAGCCGUCAACUCUGGGCCAUGGUAGACGUCUAUGGACAGACCUACUCUGUUUUACUCCUUGGUUCUGAGAAAAGGAAUGGUUUUAGAGUCAGGAAAUCAUGCUCUGCACUUCCGCACCUCAGCAAUCCUGAUUCUGACAAACCCAAGGGUUUCUUUCCAGAUGUCCCUGGUGGUGAAUCCUGCAAAUGGUUUGACACAAAGACCCCAUCAGUGAGAGAUGGCAAAAUGGAGUGUGUGGUGUGCAUGGGAAAGGAGGCCAUGAUCACUCUAAGGCCUUGUGGCCAUCAGUGCUUAUGUACCCUCUGCGCCUACAGAGUUUUGGAGGAUUUUGGCACUUGCCCCCUUUGUCGUCAAAACAUCCAAAGUCUGUGAGGGAAGAGGAGGUGUGUGUCAGGAACCCAUUCACCGCUGAAUAAAAGCCUCUAAGAGACUGUAAUAAAUAAAACACCUUAUGAAAAGGUGUUAAUGCUGUGGAAAUGGUUGUCCAGGCAAUGUGGAACUCUGACCAUGAAGUUUUAUGUGAACUAUUUUUUAUUUGACGUGUAAAUGUUGUACAGUAUAUGUAAAAAAAAAACAAACAUUGUAAUUAAAUGUACAGUAUAGAUAAAAUGUUUAAAUCUAAGUCCUAUAUAUUGUAAAGUUUUCUAAUGUGAAAAUAAUUUUUUUUAAUAUGUAUUUUUUCAUGAAUGAAACUGUGACAAAUAAAAUGACUGCAACAUAGAACA